AUGGUCAUGGAGAAGGGAAAAUCUGCUUCAAAAGGCAGGCAGAGCACCAUUCUGGAUUUAAUGGAGAACAUGAAGAAGAAGCCCAAACUGGCACCAGAAGGAGAUGAAGUCAAGCAUGAAGUUAUUGGUACUGUGAUCACUGAAAAAUGCCUUCCAAAGAAAUGUUAUGUCUGUGGACAGCAAUAUGAAGAUCUGAAGAUAUACGAAGGUGGACCAGAAGGAGCACUUGAGGAAGCUGUUGCUCUCACUGAUUCUUCAUUAUCUCUCUUUACUGGGGAAGAGGAGUGUGUACAUGAGGAUGAUUCAAGACCCCAAGUGAAGAUCACUGGCUUCUUGGUGUAUGACACAGAAGGACACUUGGUCCCCUUUGACACGGGUCUCCUGGAGAAAGGAAAGAAGCUUUAUUUUUCAGGAUAUCUAAAGCCAAUUGAUGCUGAGGAUCCAUCAGAAGAGGAUGGUAUCCCAGGAAAAGGGUUUGGGCCAUUGGCAGAAUGGUGGUUGGCUGGAUUCGAUGGAGGGGAGAAAGCUCUUCUGGGAUUCUCUACUGCUUUUGCAGAUUAUUUUCUCAUGGACCCUGCCACUGAAUAUGCAUCAUAUUAUGUCCCAGUUCAACAGAAAAUGUACCUUGCAAAGGCAGUCAUUGAAUAUCUAUCAGACAAUAUGGAAAAUAUGCCCACCUAUGAAGAUCUCAUGGGGUAUUUGGAAACAACCUCUCGACCUCCGGGAAUCCCUCCAUAUUCUGCAGAUGCCCUCAUGGAACAUGCAGCCUUUGUUCUUGAUCAAGUACAAAGCAUGGAUGAGGAAGACUCUGAAGAUGCUCCUCUCUUCAUAGCACCAUGCAUGCAGGAUUUGGCCCAAUAUUCUGGCUAUGUCUUUGGCCAACCGAGGGGGCGUCGGACAAGACUAAGGGUGAAGCAAGUGAGGGAGAAGAAGAAGUUCACUAAAGCAACCACAACUCCUCUUGUUCGGGCUGUCUUUGAAACUGUCUUUGCUGAGGUCAUUGAUGGAGAUACACCUAUCCAGACCAAGAAGAAAACUCGGUGUGGGGUGUGUGAGAAAUGUCAGGCACCAGACUGUGGCAGCUGCAAAGCAUGCAAGGACAUGCUGAAGUUUGGUGGUACAGGAAGAAGCAAGCAAGCAUGUGUAUUAAGGAAAUGCCCAAAUGCAGAUGCAGAAGAUAGUGAAAACUUACCACCAGAUGACUUUACUACUGAAUCUGAGUCCAAGAUACCUGAACAGAAGCCCAAGCGUCGCUUCUUACGCCAAAUUACCAGUGCCAAAGGAAAGUGGAUUGUGCAUGCUCUUCCUUAUGAAAAUAUGGAGAAUCGUAAGAAUAUGGUCAUGCCUAAUGAAACUAAGUCAUGCUGGGUAUCCAUCACAUGGGAGCAAUAUGAGCAAUCUAAACUCGAUAGGAAAGUGCAAGUGAAUGGGCAUGAGGUCAAUGCUGGUGAUGCAGUAGCCAUGACUCCAUCAGAAUCUUCACUGCCUAUGGUGAUUGCUCGCAUAGUUCACCUCUUUGAAAAUAUCAAGAAUGAGGAAAUGAUGUGCCAUGUCCAUUGGUACAGGUAUGUUGCAUCUUAUCAAAUCCAACAAUUCCUUCAUCUUGGUAAAUCAUAUACAAAAUGUCCCUAUCUGAUGCACAGCCGAGGAAGUGAAACUGUGUUGGGGGGAACAAGUUAUCAGCAUGAACUAUUCCUCAUCCCUGACUGUGAGGAUAUAUCCAUCUCUUCCAUCUGUCGUCCUGUGCAAGUGGAACAUGUAUAUGUGGAUCGGGAUAUGUGGGAAGAGAGUGGAGGAAAAGAAAUUCCAGAUGACAUCCUGCAAUUGUUGGCAUCUGGACAUCAUGAUGACCAGAAUUUUACUUGCAGAUUCAGAUAUAUUCCAGAGCUAGGACGUUUUCUGGACCCACCCAAUCGAAAGACCUUGAAGUACUGCAUGUUUGAAGAGGAGCAGCCAUAUUGUUGGUCAUGCAAUGAAAAGAAGUUGUUGCAAACUCAGGAGAUCCCAAAACCACUACUGAAACUUGAUGAAGACAAGGGGAACUUCACUGAAUUAUUGUGGAGGGGAGAGAUCAUACACGAGCAUGAUUGUCUCCUUCUGGACCCUCAGGCUUUCUCCUUCAAGUUCCAGCUGUGUAAGCAAGAGCCUGCAAAGAAGCCCAAGAAAUUGACAGUGGAUGAAGACAUGUAUCCAGAACACUAUCGAAAGGGAAAGAUUGGAGAGCUGAAGAAGGGCAGUAAUGAUGAUACACCUGAACCAUUCAGAGUGGCUCAAGUCCUCAGGUUUGUGAUAAAAAGUGGAAACAUUUUUGUGCAUCUCCGUAAGUUUUACCGUCCACAGAACGUUCCUCAUGUUGAUGAAGAUUCCAUGGCUCUCCAUGACUGGUAUCGGCUGUACUGGAGUGAAGAAGAGGCUACAGUUCCUUUUGAGAGUGUGAGGGGAAAGUGCUUUGUGAUCCAUGACUCAAAUCUCAGUGAAAUGAGCCCUCAUGAAUGGUGCCAAAAAGGGCCCCUGAGGUUCUAUGUUUCCAAGGGAUUCGAUGGGACUACAGGGGAGUUUUAUGACCCUCCAUCGCAAGCCAUCCGUCUUGGUGCUCCUUCCAAGGGAGGCAAAGUGAAAGGGAAGUCUGCAGCAAGGACAUACAAGUCAUAUGACACAGUCCCUAAAAAGCUGAGAACAUUGGAUAUAUUUGCUGGUUGUGGAGGCCUUUCUGAGGGGCUUCAUGAGUCAGGAGUAGCAGAAUCUUUGUGGGCUGUAGAGAUUCUCCAGGAAGCAGCUGAUGCCUUUAAGUACAACAACCCCAAGAGUACUGUUUUUACAGAUGACUGCAAUGAGUUACUCAAUCUGAUCCUUCAGAAACAUCACACAGAUGGGAGUGAGACAAAUGCAAAGAAGCAGAAACUGCCAAAGAAAGGGGAAGUGGAUCUCCUUGUUGGAGGACCCCCAUGUCAAGGAUUUUCUGGAAUGAAUCGUUUCAAUGAAAGGGAGGCUUCUCAAUUCAAGAAUUCCUUGAUCGUGACAUACCUGAGUUAUUUGGAAUAUUUCCGACCUCGUUACUUCAUCUUGGAGAAUGUUCGAAACUUCAUUAGCUUCAAGAAAAGCAUGAUCCUGAAGUUGACAAUGCGAUGCCUUGUCACCAUGGGCUAUCAAUGCUCUUUUGGGGUUCUUCAAGCUGGUCAAUAUGGUGUGCCUCAGACUAGGAGAAGGGCGAUCAUCCUAGCAGCAGCACCUGGUGAAGUUCUCCCUAAUUACCCCGAACCUCUUCAUGUGUUCUCAGAGAAGGCUUGCAAGCUGAAUGUUCUGGUUGAUGAUACAAAGUUUGAACCCAUGCAGAAGUGGCAAUCCAGUGCACCUUAUCAAACUGUCACUGUGUAUGAUGCAAUAAGUGAUCUCCCUGAGAUUUCUAGUGGUGCAUCUCGUGAUACCAUUCCAUAUGGUAGGGAUCCUCUCACCACAUAUCAGCAGUUGAUGAGAGGUGAUGGAGACACAGUGAAAGAUCACAUCACCAAGGAAAUGGCUCCUAUUAUGGUUGCUCGCAUCAUGCAUAUUCCAACUACACCUGGAUCUGAUUGGCGGGAUCUACCAAACAUUUCUGUUCGACUCAGUGAUGGAACCUACACGAAAAAGCUAAUUUAUGCUUGGGAGGACAAGAAGAAUGGCCGAUCAUCAACAGGUGCAAUGAGGGGAGUAUGUUCUUGUGUGACAGGAAGGAAGUGUGAUCCAAAUGAGAGACAAUUUGGAACCCUCAUACCAUGGUGCCUUCCACACACUGGCAAUAGGCAUAAUCAUUGGGCUGGUCUUUUUGGAAGGCUUACUUGGAAUGGUUAUUUCUCCACUACUAUCACCAAUCCUGAACCAAUGGGGAAGCAAGGAGUUGUGCUGCAUCCAUCUCAGCAUCGUUUGGUCAGUGUUAGGGAAUGUGCUCGAUCCCAGGGUUUCCCCGAUCAUUUCCGCUUCCAUGGCUCCAGUGUUGACCGUCAUAGGCAGGUUGGGAAUGCUGUGCCUCCCCCAAUGGCAAAAGCUAUUGGUCAUGAAUUCAUCAAGGCAAUGCUGAACAAAAUGUCAACUGAAUAGAAUUCUUACUUUGUGACUAGGCUGAUAUUUUACAAUUCUCUUGUCUGAAGACUCAAUCAAGACUUUACUCCC